CUAUAAACCCAAACACCUGACAACUCCAAAUUCAUAGAACUUGGAUCAUGAUAUCUUCUCAAUCUCACCAUCCUGACAACUCCAAAUCCCUAGAUUUCCCCUCUUUCUCUUCUCGCUUUCUCAUUCCCCUUCUGUCUUUCAUUUUUGCCUAAAUAAUCCUAAAAUAUCUAGGUUUGUAGAACCCAAAAACACAGAUCUGGGUUUUCGGAGCAAAGAACUUUCGAUUGGAUAAUGGGUAGAGGUGGUUUUGAUGGGCCAACCAAAAUAACAAGAAAUAGUCAUCGGAGAAGGGGAAGAUGAUUGGAGAUGAGAGAGAAGUAAUAGAUCGAAUCCAUGGGAAAGGGAUGUGAUAUCGAAAGCAUUGAAAUUGGUUGGCUUUUCUUGAUGGGGUUAGUGAGUUUUUCCAUUGAACCCAGGCACGCUGGGUUUGAAGGAACCUAAUGCCUAUAGGGUUCAAUCGAACCCAACGGCUGUUGGGUUCGAUGCCGAGUGCUUGCUGGGUUUGAUUGAACCCAGCAACGCCUGUUGGGUUCAAUCGAGUGGCUUCUUUUUCCCUUUUACUCCUCCUUCCUUCUCCCUUUGAUCUCUAGGCCUCCUUUGUUCUCUUUCUUCGCUCACCAACGGUGUCCGAUAGAGACUAUAGGGAAGUCAGCAAUGGAGAUCGAAGACCCAAAUACAUGUUCCAGGGUCUAACGUUGGUGUGAAAGUGGUGCUGGUGUCAAAGUUCUCAAUUAUGCUAGUUUUGAAGUACUUGGCUUUACUUCCUUGCUCCACCUUGGGAUAUCUCAGGCAGCUGAGAAAAGUAUAAGGGUUUGCCAAAGGCAAAGGAAAGGAAGAGGAAAGAGAAAGGGGAAAAAGGUUAUUUUUGCCGUUUAGAAUUGUUUGGUUCACUGUACCCAGAUCUGGUGUUGUGAAAGGGAGAAAGAAAAUAAAAGGAUUUAGAGGUU